AUGUCCUCUGCGAAUCCUCCACCAACCUUGCACGUCCGGGUGCCGUCCGAGGUUCCGACUCCUAUGGACCACGACGAUGACUAUUAUAAACACUCCAACGGUAUCGACCACACCCACCUUCAUGUUCCCGACUCAGGCGCCCUCAGCCCGGCCUCUUCUGGUCAUGGCGACAGGGAGAUGGCCAAUAGGUUAAACGACGACCUCGAACUCAUGCGUGCCGAACGCAUGGUCUCCAGACAAGUACGGGAAGACGAGUCGAGGCGGUCCAAAUCCAAGAACAGGAGUACCGAAAAUCUCGAGGACGUCUUUGAUACAGUCGCCGGUGCCGGUGCCGGAGCCGCGCCUACCCCGGCAGUUACUACCGCCGCAAAGACGACAUGGCUUACCCGCACUUGGGCACGACUAAGGAAGUUCCCACGAGUGCUGCGCUACAUCGUCUACUCGAUUCCUCCAGCCAUUCUUAUCCUCAUUCCCAUCUUCUUGGAUCUUUUCGCAUACAAUAGGCAUCAGGAUGUCGGCGAGAACCGGGGUGUUAGGCUCCUCUGGUUCGGCAUUUGGUUGGAAGUCGUUUGGCUGAGUCUAUGGGCUACUAGGGUUAUCACCUGUCUCAUGCCAUUCGCCGUAGCAUGGAUCGCCGACACCUUUGGGUCCAGCAACCACAAGAAGUGGAAGGAUAUUGGCCGUCAACUCGAGUUCCCUACCGCCAUGUUCAUCUGGAUGCUGGUCGUCUUGGUGACCUACAAUCCGAUCCUAAAGGACCACCGAAUCGACAAGGGCGAAGAUGCUGGCGACAAGGAUUCCGCCUGGAUCUCCAUUGUGUACAAGAUCAUUCUCGCCUUCUUCAUUCUCGCGGCACUGAACUUUGUCGAGAAGAUCUUGAUCCAAUGGAUUGCCUCCUCGUUCCACCGCCGGACCUAUUCUCUUCGCAUUUACGAAAAUCAUGCGCAGAUUGAGUGUCUCGUCGCUCUGUACACAUAUGCCAAAACUUGUCUCGAGGCGCAGGAUCCGGUCUGGAACCCCAACUCGGUUGGAGGCGACUCGUCCGGGAUGCGUACCCCGAUGAAGACCAUGAAGACGAACGCUCGGCAAGCUUGGAGCAAGGUCGGAAACGCCGCCAACCGGUUUGCCGGCGAUAUCACGGGCAGGCGCAUUCUGAAAGGAAACCAUCCCCGCAAGGUCGUCAUGGAGCUGCUUCGUUCGACCAACUCGAGUUACACUCUAGCUCGCGUCUUCUACCGUACCUUUGUCCAGCCUGGCAGAGACACUAUCACGUUGGAAGACAUUCUGCCCGCCUUCCCCAAUCAGGAGGAAGCGGAGACCUGCUUUGCUGUUUUCGACAAGGACUUCAACGGCGACAUCUCCAUGGAAGAAUUGGAGAUGGUCUGCAGCGAGAUCCACCUGGAGAAGAAGGCCAUUGCGGCUUCGUUGAAGGAUCUUGAUUCGGUUAUCAAGAAGCUUGACAAGGUCUUCAUGUUUAUCAUUAUCGUGAUUGUCAUCAUUGUGUUUAUCAGCAUCAUCUCCAACUCGGCUGCUGCCGCGCUGACCUCGACGGGCACCGUUAUUCUGGGUCUGUCUUGGUUGCUUCAGGCGACAGCCCAGGAGUUCCUUCAGUCCAUCCUUUUCGUCUUCGUCAAACACCCCUUCGAUGUCGGCGACCGCGUCACCAUCUACGGUAACACCGGCUCCCUGAUGCGCGGCGACGACUACUACGUCCUCGAGGUCUCGCUCCUGUAUACCGAAUUCAAGAAAAUGGAAGGCCACGUCGUGCAAGCGCCCAACUCGAUCCUCAACACGCUCUUUAUCCUCAACCAGCGGCGCAGUCAAGGUCUCGCGGACCCCGUCAACCUGACGCUCCGCUUCGGCACCACCGAGUCCCAGAUUGAGGAACUCAAGGCCCGCAUGCUCGACUUCUGCAUCAAGAACCAGCGCGACUACGCGCCCCGCAUCAUCUCCGAGGUGAGGACCAUCGACGAGGUUUAUAGUAUCAACAUGAACAUCAUCUUCUUCCACAAGAGCAACUUCCAGAACGAGCUGUUGAGGCUUACUAGGCACAACAAGUUCGCUGUGGAGUUGAUGCACCAGAUGGACGACAUGGGCAUCCAGGGCCCCCGUCUUAUGGCCCCUGGUGGAAGGCAGAAUAUGCCUCUGUUUUGGUCUCAGGUUCCUGGUGGUGGUGGUGCUGGUGGUGCUGGUGGUGCUGGUGGUGCUGGUGGUGGCGAUGGCCAGCUACCUGUUCAGAACGGAAACGGAGGACCGCAGCACCAACAAUUCCAACAGCCACCAAUCCAACCAGUUCCCCCACCAUCCAUCCCCUCCCCUUCCCCCUCCGACUUUUUACGCCGUCGCCACCGCGCCGACUCUCGUGCCACGGUAGUGGAAUCAGGCGUCGACUUCCAAGACGUCUACAUGAACCGCCGCCCCGAACCGCUAGGCGGGCACGGAAUCCAUCGUCUGGCGUCCAUCAGGCAGCGUGACGAGGAGGAAGAAGAGGAUGAACUAGACGAGAAGAAACAACUCAGCAAUGACAUGGCGUCGGAACUAGACCAGAGAUUGGAAAAGAUGUCGAGUAGGGGCGUCAGUCCCGGCCCCAGACCUAGUCGUGACGGGAGCAUGUCGCAUACGUCGGGGAGGAGAGCGAGGAUGAAUAUGUUUGGACGCGGGAGGUCAAGGAGUGUGGUGGCGGCUACGCAGCCGCCGGGCGGAGACCAGGUUUAG